AUUUGCAAUUAUCUCCCUUUGCUCUGCUCUUUGCCAUCACCUUCCUUCCUUCGUUUCCUUUCAUUUCUUCCAUUACAAACCAGAGAAAACAUGGCUGAGGCCUUAGUGGGAGGAGCGUUUCUCUCCGCCUUCCUCCAAGUGUUAUUUGACAGAAUGGCGUCUCGCAAAUUCACUGACUUCUUUCGGGGGCAAAAAGUCACCGAUGGACUCUUAGAAAAGUUGGAGACAACGUUGCGGUCCGUGAAUGUAGUGCUCGAAGACGCGGAGCAGAAGCAAGGUACAAAACCAGAUGUGACCAAGUGGCUUGAUGACCUGAAAGAUGCUGUGUAUCAUGCAGAUGACAUCUUGGAUGAGAUUGCUACUAAAGCCUUGCGACUCGAGGUGGAUGCUGAAUUUCAAACUGCUGCAAGUAAGGUACGAACCCGAAUCUCUACUUCUUACUUUUUCAAGAAGAUAGAACCAAAGAUAAAAUAUGUACAUGAAAGAUUGGAAUUUCUAGCGAAACAAAAAGAGUAUAUGGGUCUAAGAGAAGGUGUUGGAGGAGAAUCAUCAAAAAGAUUGCCCACGACUUCUUUGGUCCAAGAAUCUGAUAUUUUGGGUAGGAAUGAUGAUAAAGAGACAAUAGUGAACUUGUUGCUCUCGGAUGACACAAGUGGAGGUGAGAUGUGUGUGAUUCCCAUAGUGGGAAUGGGGGGAGUUGGCAAGACCACCCUUGCUCAGAUUAUAUACAAGGACAAGAGGGUGAAUGAGCAUUUUGAACUUAAGGCAUGGGUAUGUGUUUCGGAUGAGUUUGACGUGUUCAGGGUAACUAAAACAGUUCUAGAGGUAGUGACUUUGUCAACUUGUGAUAUCAAAGAUCUAAAUCUGCUUCAAGUUACACUACAAGAGCAAUUUAUGGGGAAGAAAUUCUUACUUGUUUUAGAUGAUGUAUGGAAUGAGAAUUAUGCUGAUUGGGAGCUCUUAAGCAGUCCGUUUAAAUCUGGGGCAAUAGGAAGUACAAUCAUUGUAACAACACGCAGUGAUAGUGUUGCAACAAUCAUGCGCACAGUUCCGACUUAUCGUCUAAAGCAAUUACUGGAAGAAGAUUGUUGGUCACUAUUUGCAAAACAUGCAUUCCACGAUUAUAACUCUGAUGCACGUCCAAAGCUAGAAGUAAUAGGUAGACAAAUUGCGAAAAAGUGUAAAGGUUUACCUUUAGCGGCCAAGACAAUCGGGGGUCUCUUACGAUUUAAACUAGAUGUUAAUGAUUGGGAGAAGAUAUUGAAAAGCGAAUUAUGGGAUUCGCCAAUAAACAAGACAAACAUUGUUCCAGCUUUAAGAUUAAGUUACAAAUAUCUCCCCUCACAUUUAAAGCAAUGCUUUGCUUACUGUUCAAUAUUUCCUAAAGAUUAUGUUUUUGAAAAAGAUGACGUAGUCUUUUUAUGGAUGGCAGAAGGUUUUCUAGAAGAAACUAGAAACAAAACAAUGGAAGAAAUUGGUCAUGAAUACUUCCUUGAUCUAGAAUCAAGAUCGUUGUUUGAGCAAUCUAGUGGUGAUAAAUCAAGUUUUUUAAUGCAUGAUCUUGUCAACGACUUGGCAACUUUUGUAUCUGGACAAUUUACCUUUAGAUUGGAGGUUGACCAUUCUCAGAAAAUUGUGGACACGACUCGCCAUUUUUCGUAUGUCCAAAGAAGCAAAUAUGAUAACUUUAAGAAGUUUGAGUCUCUUCGCGAGACUACUCGAUUGCACACAUUCCUACCAUUGAAGUUGUCACCAAGCUACAAUUUCUUCUUCUUAACUAAAAGAGUACCACUUGAUUUAUUGCCAAAGCUAAGAUGCUUGCGCGUGCUCUCUCUAUCUCACUAUCGAAAUAUCACCGAGUUGCCUGAAUCAAUUGGCAAAAUUAAGCAUCUACGCUAUUUGAACAUUUCUUUCUCAACAAUUAAAAGGUUGCCUGAUUCCAUAUGUAAGUUAUGCAAUUUGCAAACAUUGAAUUUAUCAGAUUGUUUCGGUCUUUCUGUAUUGCCAAGAGAGAUUCGAAAACUCAUUAACUUACGUCAUCUUGAUAUCAGCAGAACUGCCAUAAAAGAGAUGCCAAUGCAACUGGGUAGACUAAAAUGUCUACAAACAUUAACUAAAUUUAUCGUUAGCAAACAUAGUGGGGCUUCCAUUGAAGAGUUGGGGAAUUUUGCAAAUCUUCGAGGAAAGCUUUCUAUUUUAGAGCUCCAAAACGUUGUAUCUCCUACAGAUGCUCUGAAAGCAUGCUUGAAAGAUAGGAAGUACCUCAAGGAGUUGGUGUUGGAAUGGAAUGCAUUGGAUGCUAAUAUUUCAGAAUGUCAAAUAUCUGUACUUGACAAUCUUCGGCCCCAUAGUAACUUGAAAAGUCUCACUAUCAACAACUAUGGCGGUGAAAGUCUUCCAGAUUGGGUCGGACAUCAUUCAUUCUCUAAUAUAGCAUCCAUUUGCCUAGAAAAUUGCAAACAUUGUCAUAACUUGCCACCACUUGGGCAGCUACCCUAUUUACAGGACCUCUCUGUUUUUGGGUUUGAACGAGUUGUUAAAGUGGAUCGUGAGUUUUUUUAUGCUAAGGAUUCUUCAACAGUUAAACCAUUUGGAGCCCUUAAAAUUCUAAGGUUCAGGCGAAUGUUAAAUUGGGAGGAAUGGUCUUCUUUUGGUGCUGAAAAUGAAGAUGGAGCUUUUCCUCAACUUGAAGAGCUUUAUAUUAAUAAUUGUCCUAAGUUAAAAGGAGGGCUACCCGUCCAUCUUCCUUCUUUAGUGAAAUUUGAGAUUCAUGAAUGUCUUCAGCUGGUAGCUUCACUCCCAAAGGCUCCUGUUGCAUGUGAAUUGAAGUUAAGAGAUUGUAACGAGGUUCUGUUAAAGGAAUUGCCAACUAAAUUGCGAAAGCUUGAAAUUGGAGGAUUUGACGCACUAGAGUCCCUUCCCAAGGGAAUGGUGGCCUCCAACAACUGUCUUCAAGAGUUAGAAAUCAGGGAAUGUAUGAAGUUAGAGCUCCCAACACACUCACAGUACUUUGUAUCCCAGCUUGAAACAUUGCGGUUGGACGGUUGUGAUUCCCUCAAGUCAUUUCCGUUAGAUUUAUUCCCAAAGCUUUAUAAUAUGGAUAUCUUUCAGUGUAAGAAUCUGGAAUCUUUUACAAUUUCAGAACAACAUGGAUAUGAUUUAGUGACCUUGCGUAGUAUUUCCAUCAGGAAUUGCCCCAAUUUUGUAUCUUUUCCAAAAGGAGGAAUUUGUGUCCCUAACCUUUCAUCCUUUACGGUCACAUUUUUAUCCCUUGAAACAUUGUGUUUGAGCGGUUGUGAUUCCCUCAAGUCAUUUCCAUUAGAUUUAUUCGAAAAGCUUUAUGAUAUCAGUAUCUUGGGAUGUAAGAAUCUGGAAUCUUUUACACUUUCAGAACAACAUGGACGUGAUUUGGUGACCUUGCGUAUUGAAAUCAUCGAUUGCCCCAAUUUGGUAUCCUUUCCAAAAGGAGGAAUUCGCGCCCCCAACCUUACAUUCUUUGGGGUCUUCAAUUGUGAGAGUUUGAGAUCACUGCCAGAGAAGAUGCAUGUACUCCUUCCUUCUCUUAAUUAUUUUCAAAUACUUAAUUGUCCAAGAAUUGAGUUGUUUCCCCAAGGGGGCUUGCCUUCCAAUGUUAAAAAUAUGGAGGUCGAGGAAUGUGACAAACUCUUUGCCAGGCGGGCGGGAUGGGGUUUGCAAAAACUCCUAUCUCUUAGAGAUUUUUCAGUCGGUGGCGAAUAUGAAGACGUGGAGUCCUUUCCAGAGCCAGGGUUACUGCCUUCUUGUCUGACUCAACUUCGUAUCUCUGAAUUUCCAAAUUUGAAAUCUUUGGACAAGAAAGGGCUUCAAGACCUCACCUCUCUUCAACAAUUGUUGGUCUGGGACUGCCCUAAGCUCGAGUACAUUCCAAAAGAGGGAUUGCCUUCCUCCCUUUCUAUAAUAGAGAUCGACCGGUGCCCUUUGUUGAGGAAACGGUGGCAAAGCAAGAAAGGAAAAGAACGGCGAAAGAUUCUGGACGUUGAUCACAUAUUGAUUGAUUAUGAAGAAUAUAUUGGAUGAGCCAAAAGCCUCGGAAGAGUCCCAUUUACAAUACCAGCACAUCAUUUUGAAGGCGGCAACAACAUAUUCACUUAGGUUCACCUUCCAUUGUUAUAUAUGUUUAGAAUUGAAAAUUUUUCGCUACUGCUGGCCCCAGUGGGAUUUUCUUCUCAAGAAGGGUUGCGUGCCUCCCUUUCUUCUAUAUGGAUGAACAAAUGCCCUAAGAUGAAGAAAGGAAACGAACGGCGAAAGAUUCCUGAUGUCAAUCACAUACUGAUUGAUGGGGUAUCUAUUUUUUUUUUUUUUUUUUUAAUUAAUAGAAGGUCAAAGAGCUUGGGUCACAAUUAUGAGAAGCAAAUAGAGUCUAUGAUCUUGCAAGGCAUGAGCGCUUGAAGGGUCACGUUCCAUUGUCAACAAAUGCCUGCCUCCCUUUCUUAUGUAUGGAUCAACAAAUGCCCUUUCUUAUAGGAACUCUUUGAAGUGCUCCAAGAGGUGGAAGCGUACCCUAUAUCAGAAUCAUCCUUCUUACACAUUCACCAUCUAUUCUCAACCCCGUUGACGUGGUAUGACUUUCAUCCUCAUUCAAGUAGGUGGGCUCUGCUGGUUUUAUAAGUCCUUGUGUGGGUUUUGGUCUCAGACUUCUACUAAGAGAGAAAAAUAAAAGGGUGCUAAAGUGUGAAAAUAGAAAAAUAGAGACCAGCCUUUAUCUAUUUCCAGCAAAAGAAAAGUUUGUAUUUUUGUCUUUGGGAGAAUAAUCUCUAUUGUGUAAUAGUGAGAUU